AUGAAAUUGUCCGUCGAGAACAUCCUGCUGCGACAUUGCGCUCAAGAAGACCUCAUCACCGACAGAGGAGCGGCCCUUACAGCGCAGCUCACCCAAGUUAUUCUGCAAUACAGCCAGACAAGCCACAGGAUGACAAUUGCCUGCAACCCGCAGAGGAAGGGCCUGAAUAAGACCCUCGCCGAUGUGCUAGCAAUGUACAUCGACGCCGAACACAAGACCUGGGAUGCUGUCCUGUCGUACGUAACUUUCGCUUACAGCAUGGCGGUGCAAGACAGAACACAGAUCCCGUCCUUCAAUCUGGUUUACAGCAGGAAACCGAUAGCGACUUUUGACGCCAUGCUUGUCACCUACGAAGAUAAUUGUGAUGCCACCACGUAUCUCCAGCAAGCCGAAGAAGCACGACAGCUCGCCCGCCUGCGGAUCAAGAAUCAGCGGAGGACCGACAGCCGACACUACAACCUACGACGAGACUACGUAGAGCACCAGUCCGGCGAGCGUGUUUGGGAUUGGACCCCAAUACGCUGA